UUCAACGGAACAGUUGAAAAAGUUUCAAGUGAAGUUGACAUGGAAAGGACAUAGUGGAGAAAAUUAGAAUAAUUUUGUCUCAUUAAGUGUUUCUCAAACCAUGGAAAAAUUCUAAAGCCAUCGUUGAAAUUUCAAGUUAUUGAGUAAAAAGGAGAACACUUUCGAAAGUAGGUUGUCGCAGAAUGUAGACAAGUCACAAUUUCUACACAUGUUAAAGGGAUGGAGAUUCUGUUGAAUAUACUAUGUCUGAUUGCCUUGAUUUCUGUGGUUGGUUUCAAUAUAAGGACAGCGACUGCUUUUCCUCAUUAUGCAACGGAAAAUGCAAAACCUGGUACAGUUGAGGUAAAGACCAUCGACACUGGCGCAAGGCAAAGACGGUCUGUGGACGCAUUUCCGGAUGAACUCGACGUUGAAUUGUCAACAGAUGAAAUGCAUAUAAGUUUACAUCAUUUAAAAAGAAAUUUUGAUAUUCCUAAUGAAUUUCCCGUCCACCUUAUGAGGAAUGGUGAAGUGAAGCAAUACAGCUUCGAGAGUAAACGGAAAGUUGCUUAUUAUUUCGAUACUACAUCUGGUGCCGCUUUUAUGGCAUGGCCUAAAUCUGAACAGAACGGGACUGCUGAGGAAUUUGAUCUUUAUGGAACGUUUAUCUCCGAUAACAAUGAAGAAUAUUUUGUCCAGCCACCAAAAGAUAAGCAAAGUUCGUAUACAGUCUUGAAGAUUUCUGAGAAGAAGACAACAGUUUCGGACUAUGUCACGUUAUUACAUACUGAUGUCAAGAUAAUGCAAGACAAAGUGGACAACCGUAGAAAUGCUAACAAUCCUACAAAAAGAGAAAGAAGGCAGACAACAACUUAUGAAAUAGAAAUAUUCUUUGUUCUAGACUAUGCUAUAUAUCAAGAAUGGUAUGCCACAACAGAAGGUCAGGCAGACAGAGAAUCAGCAACUAUAGAAUACAUGACACAGUUUACCGCUUUCCUAUUAAAUGCAAUCAAUCUCCGAUAUCAAACUGUCACUAACUAUGGUUAUACCAUCAGAUGCCUUUUUGCCGGGAUUUACAUCGCAGAUACUCCAGAUAGAGCACCCUUUGUCGAAAAUAAUUUAUACCCUUUUGGGUUUGUUGCGGACGAAGUUCUAGCCGCAUUCAAAGAGUGGGGAGAGACCAACUUAGUAACUGCUAACUACGACCAUGCAAUGUUCUUUUCCGGGUAUGAGAUGGGUAGAAAUAAUACUGGAGUAUUUGAUAAUGCCACAGCAGGACUGGCAUACUAUCCAUCAUAUAACGAAGGAGGCGGACUAGACGAACCCGGAGUGUGUGGAAGCUUAAGAUAUUCUAUCAACGAAGGUGGAGGCUUAAAUCCAUUCAUGGCGACUGUUGGAGCACAUGAACUUGGUCACAAUCUUGGGUCAUCUCACGACGGUUCAUCAAAUGAUUGCAGUGGUGGAUAUGUAAUGUCAGCGUCUGGUGGUGUGAGCAAUGAUACCGCCGACAACCUUCUUUUGUGGAUAUUUUCGUCAUGCUCCCAGGACUCUUUUGAUGUGUAUAUCAACGACUUGAAUGGCGCUCUAGAAAACUGUAUGACAAGUCGACAGGCAACCAAUGCUAACGACCUUGACCCUUACGUGAAUGACACUGCUGGUCAAAUAUAUGGCCCUGAUGUUCAGUGCGAAAGGAUGGAGGGGCAAGGGUCAUAUUUGUCUAGGAGCUACCUCGACAAUGAUUAUUCCAACUUGUGUGCUAAAAUGCCGUGUUCAGCUACAGCUAACGAUGGAUCAGUUUUCUUUCAAAUACCCUGGGAAGGUACAACGUGUGGGGUUGGUAAGGUUUGUCAGUCAGGAUUGUGUGUCGAGUCUCCGUCAGCCCCACAAGAAGGCAACGAAACUUGUCUAUUUGGAGAUGUUCCGUACAAUGUGCCAGGGCAGUCUUCCAACUGUAGAGACUUAUUAGGAAGCGAUACAGCCUCUUACAAAUGUUAUAUAGACAGUUACAGAGAAAGUUGUUGUGCCACGUGUGAGGAGAUAAAACAAAACAACACAGCAUACACAGACUGCGAAUAUGGUGACAGAUACAGCAAUUGUGACGAUUUAACUGACACAAAUCUUUUCCAAUGCAACGACACAGAUUUUCGAGCUGGCUGUUGUAAAUCGUGUGUGGAUAAAGCCCUAGAUAUUCCAGACUGCGAAUAUGGUGACAGAUACAGCAAUUGUGACAAUUUAACAGACUCAAAUCUUUUCGCAUGCAACGACACAGAUUUUCGAGAUGGCUGUUGCAAAUCAUGUGCAGAUAAAGCCCUAGAUAUUCCAGGUUGUCCGUACGGAGACAGAUAUAGUAAUUGUGCUACAUUAUCCUGCAGCUCAUUUCCUGUCGAUUGUUGUCAAACAUGUGCGCCUUCUACAACUUCCACAACAACGGCAACACCAACAACAACCACGAGUCCUACAACAACUACAACAACUCCUACAACAACUACAACAACUCCUACAACAACUACAACAACUCCUACAACAACUACAACAACUCCUACAACAACUACAACGCCUUCAACAACAACCACGAGUCCUACAACAAUUACCACAACUACAACAACUCCUGCAAUAACCACAACGCCUACAACAACAACCACAACGAGUUCAACAACAACUAUUACUCUUACAACAACAAAUUCUACCACAACUCCUACACCAACUACCACUGAAAGUUCAGCAACAACAACUAGACGCUCAUCCAUUCACUUCAGAACAUUAAUUGUAGUAUGGAUAUUUAUGGAAUACCGGGAUUGUCUGAUGUGAUCAACUAUAGUUUCAUUUACAUGUUUACAGCUGUGACAGUCAGUUUGCUCUACUGUCUUGUCUAUUGACCAUAUUAUCUUGUCAAACAGAGAUUUCAUUUUGUAAACAUUUGUAUUAACUUGUUUAAAUCUGUGACUGUUAUUUUGUCCAUUUGCUAUACUGUCUUGUCUAGUUUUGUUUUGUCCAUUUGCUAAACUGUCUCGUAUACUGACCAAAUUAUCUUGUCAAAAGGACAUGUCAUUAUGUUUACAUACAGUAUUAACUUAUUUAAAGAUGUGUUAUUUCGUCUGUUCGUUUUACUGUCUUGUUUACUGACCAUUUUAUCUUGUCAAGCGGACAUGCCAUUAUGUUAAGAUACAGUAUUAACUUGUUUAAAGAUGUGUUUACAUGUUUAAAGGUGUGUUAUUUUGAGCGUUUCCUAUACUGUCUUGUCUACAGACUAUAUUAUCAUGUCAAACGGACAUGUAAGUAUGUUUACAUACAGUAUAAAAUUGUUUAAAAUCG